GGUUUUUACCAUACGCUCAGAUAUGCCAUGGACAUUGCUAUCCCCGCCGUCCGUGCGUUCCGGCGACCACUGUCCCUUUUUCUUUUCAUAUGGAUGCUUGCAUGGGCCACCGCUCAAAUCUCGGAAACCAUACGCACGGCAUUAUCCCCUCUAUGUGUUGUUCCUGGAAUAUCUUCUAGCCUCCUAUGCACUACCCAAACCUUUGAGUCUCACUCACUAGACACCAGGCCAAACAUUUCGGGAGAUCAGUCAAGGAAACCGCAGCAGAUUGACUUUCCAGAACUUAUGCGUAUCCAGGAAGGCACUUUCGAUCAUUUGAUGUCUAACGCCAUCGGUGGCGUCGGCUUGUCUCUUGAAGUGCGCAAGGCUGAGCUUGUGACUAGCGAUCUCAGCUUGCUUGUACGAAACAGCGAUUUGAAGAGUCGCGACCUGCUUGCUGAUCUUCUCGAUGCAUUCGUGAAAGAUGCAAAGAAGACGGCGAAAGGGCUUACACGACUAGGGGCCAAAGUAGGAGGUGCCGUCGACCAUGUCACAGCUGUUAACAGCUAUACAAUGCAAAUUGUUCAAGAGGCUCACGCCAAUACGCAGUCUCGUUUCGCUCUCGUUGCCCUAAUUCCUGCGUUUAGAGGCACCUUGUCUCGUGAAAUGGUUCUCGAAGCAUUUACAGACGCCAUGGAAACACUUUCGGCGGCAAUCGCACGGCUCAUCAUCGAGGCCGAAAUAUCCCUUGCCGACCUCACCGUGCUAGAAGAAGAUCUAGCUGCUAUUCAGGCAAUUGUCGUGCGCGAAUUUGGCUCGGUCACUCGCGAGAAGGAUGAGCUACUAGCUCACCUUUGGACAGUUCUGGGUGGUAAUAGGCAGGAGGUUCGAUCCUAUGAUGACAAACUUGCCCUACUUCAUCAUCUGGGCGAGUACAGGAAGCGGGCACUUGCACACAUCAUCGCAGCAUUGCAGACUUUAAAUAUGAUGAACGAGGACAUGGAGGACUUACGAGAGAGGGUUGCUGCUCCAGACCUUACACGUGGACGCGUCCCUUUAACGGUGCAUUUAGAGAGUAUCCAACAUGGUUUGGAAAGACUCAAGGAAAAACGGGUUCAGUCAAAGGAGAUUGGAGAGGCGCUUUUUCGGAAAGAGAUUACUAUCGAAUAG